AUGCCAGAUCCAUACAGUCUCAUCUCGCAGAACCGCUUCCAUCGCCGUAUCAAUCUUGAUACGACCCAUGGCCCGCUCAACAUCACUUUCGCCGACAUCGGGUGCGAAACAGGGCCCGCGGUACUGUUCAUGCCGGGGAUGUUCGCCUCACGCUAUCUCGGCAUCCCGUUGCAUGUUCUUGCAGAACGCGCAGGCGUGCGUCUGCUCGUCGUUGACCGACCGGGCAUGGGCGCAUCAACCGACGUCCCCCUCGCUCAGCGCGUUGCCGUAUGGAUCGAAAUAGUGCCGCAGUUCCUGGCGUAUCUCCAGAUCUCACGCGUGAACCUCGUCGCGCAUAGUGCUGGCACGAUCUAUCUGCUCAAUACGUGGGCGCAGUGUCGGGAAUACAUCAACCCGGUCAUCGCAGUAAUAGCUCCCUGGGUUGACCCAACAUACUCGCGCGUGACAAUAAUGCAAAUGGCACAGUACGUGCCGGCAAAGGCGUUCGCAGUCUGGAAUAAAAUCCCGCGCUUCAUUGUGACGCAAGCCAGCCCUGUGCUGUCGGCCAGUGGAGCGCUUGUUCGCCACAUAUCGCCGUCUGGGAGUAGUGAUUCCCCGGACACAGCCGAGGGCCUUCCGUUUAUCAAUCAGGACUGGCGACGGGUCGAGCGAGACUACGGCGUGCCUGUCGCAGAGCAGAAGGAACUCGCUCAGCUUGCGAUCCGGUUCAUGCACACCGAGAACACGGUCGGCGCGAACAGCGAGGCGAUGCAGACUCUACGCAAAGAUGGCGGGAGCAGCUGGGGAGUUUGUUCGAAUUAUGCGGAAUGCGCAAAGGCUCUGGCGACUGACCGAUGGACCCUCCGUGCGUACUUUGCCGCAACGGACGCGCUGGUAGGGACGAAAGGACAGAAGUAUUUUGAGGAGUGCUGGAGGGCACCUGGUACCGAGGCGGUUGAUUUCGUCUCGAGAACGAUUGACGGGUCAGAUCAUGAUACUGUAGCGCAGUCCGUGGAAGUUUGGGAGGACAUAUUUGCCUCUAUAAAAGGUGCUCUGCCUGCGGGAACUUCGCCUGAUGCAGGGCACCUCCCAUAA